ACUACUGACACCUAGAGGCCACCAGCUGUACACACACGUUACAAAACAUCGACAUUAACCCUCACGUGUAGCUCAACGUUUUGCAGAUACUGGAACUCCAGCUUUUACACGACAACAGUGAACAGUAAUUACGCCGGUGAGAAGCCGAAGUAUUAUUUAUCGACUCAAAAUAUCCGUGUUCUGUUCAACGCGUAGACUCCUUGUGUGUGACAGGAAAUGAAAACCAAACCCACGGAGUCGGAGGCAAAAGGUAAAGUGAAGAAAAGAGCCGCAGCCAAAGCAGCAGGUCCAACUCUCUCCAAAAAACUACGAGACAAGAAAGAUGGAGAAACAUCUAAACAAGCAGCUGCACCUCCUCCUCCUCUCAAGUCUGCAGGAGUCCAGAGGAGAGGUGUGCAUGGGAGCAUCCUGCACUACAUCUACAGGAGCACUCUGGGACAAAGUCUGCACUCACAGAUGAGACAGUGUCUCCAGGAGCCUUUCGUUCGCUCUCUGUCAUCGUAUCAUUUCCACAGCGCCACCAGCCCAUUCGAUCGCAGGAUCACCUGUCUGGAGUGGAAUCCCAAUCACCACACUUCCAUGGCUGUGGGGUCCAAGGGUGGAGACAUUUAUCUGUGGGAUUACACCGCACCCACAAAUAAAACCUUUAUUCAAGGGAUGGGGGCUGGAGACUCAGUUACAGGCAUGCAGUUUAACCAGUUAAAUCCCUCUCAGCUGUUUGUAUCAUCUAUGGGGGGCACGACAGCACUUCGAGAUUUCAAUGGGAGAACUCUAACAGUGUUUGCCAACACAGACACACUGAAUUAUUGGUACUGCUGUGUGGACGUAUCUGUGAGCCGUCAGAUGCUGGUGACAGGAGAUAACAUGGGACAGCUGUCACUUCUGGGACUGGAUGGACAAAAGAUUUUUAGUAACAAGUUGCACAAAGCCAAAGUGACCCACGCAGAGUUCAACUCCAGAUGUGACUGGUUGCUGGCGACGGCCUCGGUCGACCACACGGUGAAACUUUGGGAUCUGAGAAACAUAAAAGACAAGACGAGUUUCCUGCAUGACAUGCCUCAUGAAAAAGCCGUCAACGCGGCUUAUUUCAACCCACUGGACUGCUCCAAGUUGCUCACCACAGAUCAGUAUGACGAGAUCCGCGUCUACUCGUCCCCUGAUUGGUCGAAGCCUCAACACAUCAUCCAGCAUCCUCACAGACAGUUCCAACAUCUCACACCUAUCAAGGCCACGUGGCAUCCUGUGUACGACCUGAUAGUGGCUGGCCGAUACCCGGAUGACCGUGUUUGCUCAGGCGAUCAGAGAACCAUCGACAUUUAUGAUUCCAACUCCGCAGAACUCGUCUGUCAGCUGCAUGACCCCACAGCUUCAGGGAUCAAAUCUAUCAACAGAUUUAACCCACUGGGUGAUGUGCUUGGAUCUGGAAUGGGUGUGACAGUGCUCGUCUGGGACAGGAGCGAAUCGCUGACCGAUGAUGGAAACACAGAGCAGGAAGAUACCUCGGCAUCAGUGGACAGUGUAAGGGGACAGAGGCGGAGGAGUCAGCCACGUUCCAACAGGGAGCGAAGACGUCCUGCCGCGGAUGCAAAGCUCAAGAAGAAACUGGCUUCUCUGGAGGAAUUUGAGAACAAAACCAAGACCAAGAUGUCAAAUCAAAAGCAAAAGCAGACAAGAAAGAAGUGAACUCUAAAAUAGUCUGAACAAAUCCACAUGUUUCCUUUGGUGUGUCCCUAAUGCAGGGAUCAGUUGAAAGUUUCCACAGGUGUUUUCUACUGUAUGACAAUAAAAAUGUUUGUGUUUUGCUAAUGA